AUGGCACAUGCUCCUUCAGAAAUUCAAGGUGUGUCUCCUAAAGAUGCACCAACUGGUUCAGAAUCCUCCAUUACAUCUCCAUGGUGUGAUAACUCAAUCACUGGGGACUUGGACUUGAGGUCUCAGAGUGAAGAAAAAGCUUUCCAGGCUUUGACUGAGGGCUCCCUGACGAAAGAGCCAUGCCACACAUUGUGUGCCUCUGAACCAGAUGGAGAUAAUGAUUUUCCUCCUCUGCCCUUUCCCAGAAAACUUUGGGAAAUUGUUGAAAGUGAUCGAUUUAAGUCCAUUUGGUGGGAUGAAAAUGGAACCUCGAUCGUGAUUAAUGAAGAACGCUUCAAGAAAGAAGUUCUGGAGAGAAAGGCUCCCUUCAGAAUAUUUGAAACUGAGAGUAUGAAAAGCUUAGUUCGACAGCUUAACCUUUAUGGAUUUACUAAGUUGCAAAGGAAUUUUCAAAGACCUGCCUCACUAGCCAACAUUCUGGCAGAAGAUAAUGAAGUCUCUGCUUGGAACAAGGUAUUAUGAAAUGUCCAGUUACUAUUUACAGAGGGACAUC